GAUGAGCUGUGAUGAGGAAGAGGCACAGAGGGAUCCCACAGGUUUUGAAGAAUAGUCCAGAUUGCUGGCUUCUGUGGAAAACUUAGGAAACUUGGUAAAAUUCUCCUCUCUUCUGCUCAUACAGUUUUGCAUGUGGCCAGGAAAGAUCUUCAGGUUUGGAGGCGCCGCGUAACGGAACAGAAAACAGGAGAGACGAGAGGCGCGGUGGGCUAUGAGGUCAUCGCGGGCCUGCAGGGCUUGGGAGUGACGUCACCUCCGGGAAGCGUGCCAGCCGGGGCUGAGGGCGGUCCUCUCACCUGGGCUGCGUGAGAGGCUGCGGUCCCCGCGGCCUAAGAAGUUCUUAAAGGGCCAGCCCGCCGGAUCGCAAAGCUGCGUCCUGCGCCGCCCUUCUCUCGUGUCCGUGCCGGGGAGGCGGAAGACAGAGCAGGCUCGGGAAGGAGCCGGCGCUCCACCAUCCGCACCCCGCAUCGCGAACAAAGGAGCCCGCGUGUUGUCGGACGGCUGCCGGGUUGUGAGCCCCGGCCCAGCCCCUCCACCUCCCUGCUCCCCUGAUGAGACCAUGGACUCUGGCAGUGACUAAGUGGCCACCCUCUGCCCCUGUGCGUCACUGGCAAUUCUCUACAAGACCUAGCAGCAGUCCAGGACAGCUCUGGGGAAGCCUUGGCCACGCGGGGCCCCUGGCCAGCCCGCCUGCCCAGGAUGAGCACUUACCCUCCCAGCAGCUGCUGCCACAGUCACCACACCUCUCUGUAGAGGAGCACCAGGCCUCAGCUCCUGCCGGCAGGAGCCCACGAAUGCUGCACCCAGGCACCCAGCAGAGCCCGUUCAUGGUUGAUCUCCACGAACAGGUGCACCAGGGACCUGUCCCUCUGUCCUACACAGUCACCACAGUGACCACCCAAGGCUUCCCCUUGCCUACAAGCCAACACAUCCCUGGCUGCAGUGCCCAGCAGCUCCCAGCAUGCUCCGUGAUGUUCAGUGGGCAGCACUACCCCCUCUGCUGCCUCCCACCUCCGCAGCUGAUCCAGGCAUGUACCGUGCAGCAGCUGCCUGUGCCCUACCACACCUACCCCCACCUCAUCUCCAGUGACCACUACAUUCUUCACCCCCCGCCACCAGCCCCACCACCCCAACCUACCCACAUGGCACCUCUUGGUCAGUUUGUGUCCCUGCAGACCCAGCACCCACGUAUGCCCCUGCAGCGACUGGAUAAUGAGAUGGACCUUCGAGGGGACCAGCACCCCAUAGGUAGCUUCACUUACUCCACCUCUGCCACUGGCCCGGCCUUGUCACCCUCGGUGCCCCUUCACUACCUGCCCCAUGACCCACUGCACCAGGAGCUGUCCUUCGGUGUGCCGUAUUCCCACAUGAUGCCACGAAGACUGAGCACACAAAGAUACCGUCUACAGCAGCCGCUGCCACCGCCGCCGCCACCACCACCACCACCGCCGCCGCCAUCUUAUUACCCAAGCUUCCUACCCUACUUCCUUUCAAUGCUGCCAAUGUCACCGACCACCAUGGGCCCCACCAUCAGCCUGGAUCUGGAUGUGGAUGACGUGGAGAUGGAGAACUAUGAGGCCCUCCUGAACCUGGCUGAGCGGCUGGGAGAUGCCAAGCCCCGAGGCCUCACCAAAGCAGACAUAGAGCAGCUGCCGUCAUACCGCUUCAACCCUGACAGCCAUCAGUCGGAGCAGACCCUGUGUGUGGUCUGCUUCAGCGACUUUGAGGUGCGGCAGCUGCUCCGAGUCCUUCCCUGCAACCAUGAGUUCCAUGCCAAGUGUGUCGACAAGUGGUUGAAGGCUAACCGGACCUGUCCCAUUUGCCGGGCCGAUGCCUCCGAGGUGCCCAGGGAGGCUGAGUGAGGCUCCUUCAGCCACCCACAAGAACCCUGCCCAAAGCUCCGGAAAUGGGUGGGGGGAGGCAGGGAGUGGCCCAGGGAGAACUGUAAGGGAGGCCCAGGCCUGUCUCAGCGUUCUCACCUGCAACUCCAGAGCUGGGGCCAGGGUCAGCCCUGGAGAAGCCCCUGCAAUAAGCCCCUGCAUUUGCCAAGCUCCAAAGACUCCUUCCCCAAACUGCC